GCCGACUUAGAGCCGGGUUGCACGUCCCAGCCAUGAAGUUAUGUAGGUGGGGCGGGCUUUAAUUUGCUUAUAUCUAAUGAUUUCAGGAGCCUCACUUUAAAAUGGCGGCAUUGAGUAGACACCCCUGCUAAAGGCUCUCCCGGCACCAGGGCCACCUCGCGCAGCGCUGCUUUUGCUUCUGCCGCUAACAGAUGGCAUGUGCCGCUGCCCUUGCCGCUGCCCCUGAGAGCAGGACCCCUUAGCGUCUGGGUUUGCGCUAGCAGCAUAAGGUUUCUGAAAAGUGCCUUUUCUGAAAGCUGCUGCUUGGAUUCCACUCUAGAGCUGUCUCUUUCUAAAGCCCUCUCCCUGCCACCACCACAUCUCCAAAAACCUGGUGUGCUUGUAGUUCACUCGCAGCAACUCGGCCGUUCUUUUUUUCUUUGAUUCUCAGUUUUCAUAGUCAUUUUCCCUCCUUCUGAUUUUGCAGCAAAAAAGAAAAAAAUUACGGUUGUACCAUCCUUACCAAUCUCAAUUUUUAAAGCCAGGAAAUAGGGAGAAAAACCUUUCUCCCCUUGAUCUGAGACCAUUCCACAAACUGAAGGGCAGCCAGCAGCAUAUGCUUUUUGUGAGAAUAAUUGAAAACAUCAACUGGAGAGCACAAAAUUCUUUUGAAAGUCUGCCAGUUACUUGAAGUAACUUCAACAGAGGAACAAAAUAAAACACUCAAUAUUUUAACCUUUAUGGUUACCUUCUUAAAAGAGUUGGUCUCUAAUUUGAUUUUUAGUUAUUCUGAUACAAUUUUUAUUUUAUGAUUGACUUUUGUUUGACUAGACCGAAUUUGACUUAAAUUUAAAACCUAAGUGCUAACAACGAAACAUUUCACCGAAGCAACCUGUUAUCUCUUCACAUCCAUCUUGAAUUCAUUUUUAACCUUUAACAACAGCAGUAAUAUUGUCCUAGAGAGGGUGUACUUGAUUUUAACUUUGCUUUCACUAUGACGGCUGUCAACGUUACCCUGGUGCGUGAUACCAAGUGGCUCACUUUAGAAGUCUGUAGAGAAUUUCAGAGAGGAACCUGCUCUCGAGCUGAUGCAGAUUGCAAGUUUGCCCAUCCGCCAAGAGUCUGCCAUGUGGAAAAUGGCCGUGUGGUGGCUUGUUUUGAUUCCUUAAAGGGUCGGUGUGCUAGAGAGAACUGCAAGUACCUUCACCCUCCUCCACACUUAAAAACGCAGCUAGAAAUUAAUGGACGGAACAAUCUGAUUCAACAAAAGACUGCCGCAGCCAUGUUCGCCCAGCAGAUGCAGUUUAUGCUCCAAAAUGCUCAGAUGUCAUCACUUACUUCUUUUCCUAUGACUCCAUCACUUGCAGCUAAUCCUGCCAUGGCUUUCAAUCCUUACUUACCUCAUCCUGGAAUGGGCCUGGUUCCUGCUGAACUUUUACCAAAUGCACCUGUUCUGAUUUCUGGAAACCCGCCUUUUGCAUUGACAGGAGCUCCUGGUCCAAAACUGAUGCGCUCAGAUAAACUGGAGGUUUGCCGAGAAUUUCAGCGUGGAAAUUGUACCCGUGGUGAGAACGAUUGCCGCUAUGCUCACCCCACAGAUGUUUCCAUGAUUGAGGCAAGUGAUAAUACUGUGACUAUCUGCAUGGAUUACAUCAAAGGUCGAUGCUCCCGGGAGAAAUGCAAGUACUUUCAUCCUCCUGCACACUUGCAAGCUAAGCUCAAGGCAGCUCAUCACCAGAUGUACCAUUCAGCUGCCAACAUGAUGGCCCUACAGCCUGGUGCACUUCAACUGAUACCAAAGAGAUCGGCGCUUGAAAAGACCAAUGGUGCCACCCUGGUCUUUAAUCCCAGUGUUUUCCACUGCCAACAGGCUCUGGCCAACCUGCAGCUCCCGCAGCCGGCAUUUAUCCCUGCAGGGCCAAUACUGUGCAUGGCACCCGCUUCAAGUAUUGUUGAAAUUCUGAACAACAGAGUUAUGGAGUAUCAGAAUCUCUCCGUGAGAACCUCCAUAUGGCCUUUCUAUGUAUACUCUCGUAUGUCCUCUUCUACCAACACAAUAAUAAGCGUGGUGCAGUUAAUAUAUUAAACAAAAAAACAUACCAACCAACCAAUUCAAGUAAAAUUAAAGCAUUAAACAAUCAAUGGAGAUGUGAAAACACAAAUAGAAAACUAAUAACUACCAUCUGUCUUAUUUGAAUUAUUAGGUAGAACAUGAUCAUAAGAUUUUGCAAUUUGUUACAUUAUUGUUUGUAAUUUUCCAAUAACCGUUAUGCUGAAUGAAUCUCCACAGUGAACUGUUGGCUUACUGUGCAUUCUUGGUGGAUAAAUGUUCAUCUGUUUUGAAGUGUUACCUUACUGUUUUGUUUACACAGUAGUCCAUCGGGUUGAUUUAGAAUGUAACAGGUAUAUCCAGUACCAUUUUCCUCAUGAUUAUACUGUAUUGUACCGUGGUGUGGUGCGUUGUGUUAGUUUUUUACAUACUAUAGUGUUGCUGUAUAUGUAUGGUGAUUGAUUUCUACUAAAAUGUUAUUAACGGGAAACAGAAAUAUACGUGCUUAACAAACAUGACAGGUUAAUGUUAAUAUGCUCCCUUUCUCUUUAGAAUAUUUUUGUAGGCUUCCUGGGGAAGACAUUUAAAAGGCCUCGCUUUUGCAUGUGCACAAAACCUGUUCAUAAACAUGCAUGUGUAUAAUUUGUGCCUGUAGAUCUGACCUUGCCUAAUAUGAUCACAUUACGAGAUUUUUUGUGAGAGAGAAAUAAUUACCUGCAAAAAACAGGGAACUUCUUAAAACAUUAAUCCCUAAUUUCACUCCUUAAAUAGCUUGAAAAACUAGAAAUUACCUUUAAAUGAAUUUCUCAGCAUUUAUACUAAAAAUUAAAGUGCCCGUUACAUUUUUUGUGGCUCAAGGAUCCUGUCUCUUAGGUUGGGUGUCUAAAACUGAGCCAUUUGUCAUCUUCAGCUGAGAAAUUGGUACUUGGAGGCUUAAAGGUAUUCUCAUUACCGGUUAUACAGUAAACAGGGAGAUGGGGGCAUCGAGAUAGCUCUUAGAUAUUGGAGGAAAGUGUGUAAAAACCAUUGCAAUGUAACCUUUUACACAAGUGCCAUUUUCUGAAUGCAAAUGUCUCAUGCUCUUUGGACUACUCUUUGAAUAAUAAGUAAGAGGCAAUCUAGCGAAAGUCAGUCAGGGUGAAAGAGAAUUGGUUCCGAGCAAGGCCUUUCCUCUCCAAAUGGACAAUCUUUUCUAUUGAUCGCAGUUGGAGCCUGAGUAUAGGUUUGGAGAAAUGGCAGGGGUGGGGAGGGGGGCAGGGAGACAUUUAAAAUUACUCUUUGACUUAUUUAAAAGUUCUAGGAAGGAUUUGCACAGUUGUCUUCCGCUUCAGUUCAUCUGAGUUUCGUUUUGUUUAAUACUUCAGUGAAGGAGCAAGCGCCUGUGAUAGAUGUCAAGUGUUGUCUUGGCCUUUCCCAAACUUUAUUAACAACAGAGUCUCUCACAUCAUAAACAAGCCUUUGUUUGUUUGUUUUAUACGUAUUUGGUAUUAUAAAAGGUUUUUAGCACCCUUUUGGUAAGACAGAGUGGCCACACUCCACAAAGCUGAGCUGAAUUCACAUUGCUAAUACUUAUAAAGUAAUUUUAUAACCAAGUAAAAUAGUAAUUAGUUCAUAUUGUAUGUGGCAUACCUCCCCGAGUCUACUCAGUUAUUAAAGUUACUAUUAUUAUACAGUGGUGGAACCAUAUGAUAUUUUGCACCAAUUUAGAUAGAUUUAAUAUUUUCUACUAAAUAUAUAUUCUCUCACUGGAAAAUAUAAAAUGGUCAACUUUGCUGUGUACCACAGGUUUGUUUUCUCCUUCAUGAGAAUGACAAGCAAAGAGUAAAUCUGAUUUAGGAUACCGUAGGCCAGCUAGUAAUGUUUGAAUCACAGAACGAUGGAGUUGGCAAAACCUUUUCAAGGUUGAUGAAACUGAGGCCCGGGGCAUGUGACUUGCCCAAGGCUACCUCACUAGUUGGUGGUAGUCGGGAGCAAAAGCAUAUCCUGGCUCCCACUCGUUCCUCCGUUUUACAUUGUUUGUGCUUCAGAACAUUUGAGACUCCGUCCCGAAGCAGAUCAAUUUGGCUCAGGAUACAAAAGAACAAAAUGAGCUCUUUGGUAGUUGAUUUCCUGUUGAUCUUAAUUAUCAAUCCAAAUUAUGGUCAUCAGUGAUUUCUAAAUGGUCUUGCUUGUAUAGAGCCAUUGUCAUCUAUUGACAGUGUUGCCUAGAGUUAGAAAACAAGAAAUAUCCUGACUUUCACCUAUUGAUUCUUUGAACCACUUAAUUUCUGUUUCCCCAAAUCUGAACAUUGUUAAACAAAGUAGAGUUUGCUUUUGUGAAAUAACCUGUGUAUGGAACUGAAUUUUGUAUAAGCUGUGCCACUGCCUCUCCAGAAGGGCAGACCUGAUCACACAAAUCCAGGAAGGAUGCACCUGAGCUAGUCUGGAUGUAUUCCUUAAAAGAGUUGAGACGUUUUAAGUGGAAAAUGAACUUUUUUGUGUAGUUUGACAUUUUGAUGCAACAUGCUGUCUCAUUUAACUUUUUAAACCUCUGACGAAGAUGGACACAGAUGAUCAACCUAGAGUACAGCGGUUUCAUGUUGCUUUAAGCACUGGAAGACAUUAAUAAUGACAUUUUUUAGUAAGAGGUUUAGCGAGGGGUAUUCAGAGUAGUUAUAUUUUUGGUGCCACAAUUUUUUAUAUUGUUGGCAUUUUAAAAGUUGCUUUGUAAACGAACUUAAAGAAAACUUAAAGCACUAAAGUUUUGAUCAGAUGGAAAAGAAUUUUGACAAAAAUGCAAUUUUAAGAUAGCACUCUUGAAACUAGUUGUGCAAUGACUUAUUCAAGUUGUCUUUAUUCAAGAAAAGAAAAGAAGAAAAGUAAGUCAUUAGACUUUAAGUUUCCAGUUAAAAAGAGAAGUCACAAAGCUAAUCAGUGACUCUAAACAAAAAUUUACUGGAUGAAUUGUAUAUAUAAAAUUCUAAUCACCUGUGAUUCUAGUUAACAUUUUAUAAGCUUUGUAAUUUACAAGGGCCUCUAUUUUUAUUUAUCCAAAAUUAUUCUUUUUGUUCAUUUCUCUCAGCCUUUUGCAAAAGUAUGCAAGAGUGCUGAAACUUGGAUAAAUCAGGUCAUGUAUACAGAGAAUAUAAUCUAAAAGUUAUCUUUUAAGAGGAUUUUAGUAAUGUCAAUUUUUUUAAAAAGAAAGCACUAUGUGACCAUAACAUAAGUAUAUUUUAAAGAGGGAUUAAAAUUAGAUUAAAAUUAAAUGGAUUCAUAAAAUUGCUAUUUAAAUACAGUAUUUACUUUUGCAAUUGGAGCAUGAUUCCACAACCAGCUGUUGCAUUUCAUUUCACUUGUCUAGGUUAGAGUCUUUUAAUUUGUAGUUAAUCAUGAUGUGAAAAGCCAUCCUCUCUCUACUCCAUCAAUCUUCUCCAUCCGUUUUUGAACAUGCUAAAGCACUUUGAUCUUGCCAUAAGUGUUGUCCUACGCCACUAGGCUGUGUUCACUAAUGGGCAGCCUCAGCUCACUAGCUCUCCAAUUUGGGAAAAGCAAGUACCUUCUCCCUACCAUCAGCAGGAGCCAGAUAAAAUUAAUCUUUACAGCUUGAAUCUGUUUUUAAUGGCAUGACCAGUAAGCAUAGUGAUGUCUGAAUAAGGACAAUAUUGGCAUUAAAUUUUAUUAAAUAAUAUGCAGGGAAGGCCCCAUGUGCUACUUGGAAUGUUAUUUGGUUCUUCCCUUCUUCCUUUGGAGAGUGUGGAUGAGGAUGUUCUUAGGUAAAAUGCAGCCCCAAGGCUUCCAACUUGUUUUAGUCUGUAGGGUAGGCUGUGAUGCACAGAAUCAUUAGAAACUGGAAUCCUCUUUCUUUUUAUCUCUUCUACAUUUCACACACAUUGAAAUAGAAAUAGAGAAAUAUGAUUGAGGGAAAUAUGAUUUCCCAAUUCUGUUUAAUAGAUUUAGGAAGAUAGUGGCCUAAUUUUUGAUUUUACUAGUGCCUGUUGAAGGCAAUAGAAUAAACAGUAUGUAAAAGAAUAAUCUUUUUUGGGCAAACUUAGUCCAUAGCCUAAUCAAACUGUAAAUAUAAUUACAAAUAUAGGUUCUGAGCACCAGCUCACUAAUUGGUGCCAUGUUUUCAUUUUUCUUGUUAGUUUUUAAGGUUUUAAUUUUGUUACUUUUUUAUAUCUCUAAGUAACUAAUGAACUUAAUUGUGAAGGAGAGUUAGAGAAAGUUUAAGAUUUUACUACAUGUAUUCAAUUCGCCUAGAUAUGUUCUAAACUGACACUGAAGCAUGACAAGAUGUAGGUUAUAGUGCAUAACUAUUCUUUACAGUUCACAGUUUAAGAACAAACUUAACUUUAUGUACAAAUAAUAAUUUUAACUAAUUAUAUUUAGUCGUUGCUUUAGCAACAAAACUACAACAUGGCUACCUUUAGACACACUUUUUUGUGAAAAUUUUACUUGUAAACUGUACAUGGUUUUUGACAGUAUGAGCAUGUAGAAGAUACAGCUCAAAGCUCAGAAAACAGAUAUGGUUGAUUGUUUAUCCCAAAUUCCCACAUGAAGCCUGAAUUUGUGUUUUUGUGUGACUUUUUGAUCAAAAAGUUUACAACACAUGGAUUCCAGAAUCAGGCUUUAUAGCUUAUAGAAUUUGUUGUGUGGAUAGGGUUAUUCCACAGUAUCUAGACUUCAAAACACAAUGGUUUUGUAUUUAUAAUACAUUACCUGACCUUUUUUUCAUAACUAUAUUUUCAAGAUUACUCUAUUCAAGUGGCAUAGCCGUAGCUACAAAACUUCUCUCUUCUGGAAUUACGUACCUCUACAAAUACAUCCAAAUGGGGAUUAAAGAAUGACAAAAGCAUAGAUUAAAAUUAAUUCAUCUUUGUAAAACCAUACAUAAAGGUACUGUGGAAUGACCCCUUAACAGUGUUUAAGAGACAUAUGCUGCAGUUAACUGAUUGUCUCAGUUAGGGUGCGAAUGUGUGAGACACACCUUUUUUGCACUUAUGUACAUAGUCCAUGAAAGCAAUGCUUGGAGCUUUUUUUUUUUUUUAAUAUAAGAAAUCUGUGAUAAUAGUGGAAAAGCUGGUAAGAGAGGGUUCUCUCUAAGGCUUUGAGAUGGAGGGUUUUUUUACUAGAAGGCUGAACUAAAAGUAUGAUGUUGCUUUGCUGUCGUGGAGGCUUUCUAGUUUGCUACCGCUCACCAAAAGACAAGGCUGGUCACAGGUAACAGGUCAAUGUCAAUUAGCAGCACUGAACAAGAGUAAAAGGACUUCAUCUUUUAGCAGGACCACUGGCAAAAAUUUUUUGCUUUUUAAAUUAAUCUUCAUUUUAAACACCCCUCCCCCCACACACACACACUCCAGGCAGGUUUCUGGCUGAUGUUUUUCUUUCAAUGGUUGCAAGCAGUGAAAUACUCUGUAAAUUGCGAGAUGGAUAUUCCCAUUAUGAUCAAAUUAGAUUUCAUCUUUCACAGAAAAUUAUCAUUCUUCUAUAUCAGUUACAUCAAUUAAUAUGUAUUUAAAUGAUAAAUUGUUAAUGUGCCCCACUAUUUCCCCUUUAAGAUCCAGAACCCCAAACCAAAUUGGCAACCAUUGAAAAGUGUAAUUUAACAGUUAAGCAUGGCCAGCAUGGGCAUUUCAUUCCCUUCAACAAAGGAAAAAAUGCUCGUGGCAUACGUUUAUGAAUGACUUUAUUUACCUUAUACCUGUUCAGUGGAAGCUGUUUUUUGACUCACCUUUACCAGAUUAGAAAGUGCUUCACUGUGCCACUUCAGCUUCCCGCUGUUUUAACUAAACAGAAGAGAACCAGCCAAAAUCUUACAUACAUCAGAGCUGGAAAAUAAUGUUUGUAUCAGACCCUCUCUGCCAAUUUCAGCUCCCACAUCACCUAACAGUUCACCAUUUAACUUUUUAUUGCCUCCAGAUAAUGAAGCCUAGAAAAGAUCAAAGUUAGAAAGGUUUAAGGAUAGAUUACCACAGGCAUUUUUAGUCCUUCACAUCUUGGGCUGUGUUGCCCUUGGCCUGGAGGAGCCCAUCCUGGCAUUGGGGGAGUUGAUAUUAGUAUUGAUACCCAUUUUGAUAGUUCUCACUUACAGAGACAGGAAAAUAAGCCAAAGCCAGAAAGCAACCCAAGCCUUACAGUUGUCCAAUAGCUCAGGGCCAGUUGCGUAGAAGUUUCUUUUUCCCCCCCCCCCCUUCAGCCAUAAUCACUUAGAGUCAGCCAUACAACUAACAGCCUGACCACCUGACCAGCAUUUCCAUUGAUAUAAAAUGUAAGCAUUCAUUCAUUCUAUAGUUAGGAACUCAACUUCAGCCUUAUCACCAACAUCUUUUCUCAACUUAACCCGUGUUCUUGUGUUGACGUUUCCUUGUAAAUCUAUAAGCCACAAGAAUAUGUUUUCGUAAGGUCAGUAGAAAUAUAGUAAGAUUUUAAGUCAGGAAGAAUCGUCUAUAAAAUAGUAAGAAUGAACCUAGAAGCAUCACAAAAGAUAUCCGCUUAAUUGAUGGCAUGACGUGCAUGCUGACAACCACUGGGUCACACUCUUUGGAGCUUAAACACAGUGCUAUGUUUAAAUAAGUAAAAUUAAAGAAUGAAAUAUAACAGAAUGUGAAUAACUUGAGACCCAAAAAAAGACCUCUAUUAUUAAGCCCAGAGAAGGGUUUAGUUUGACUAAUUCAUACAGUUUCUAGCCCCUUCACUUGUCCUUGCGCAGAGGAGAGCCACCCAUCGAUACUCCAAAGCAGGAUUAUUCCAGAGAAAUUGUAUCUUUAAAUGGAACCCAUCCUGAGUUAUAGUACACCUAAAAAGAAAAAACGCAUCACUAUGAAAUAAGUCACAGCUAUUUGUAGAUAGUGCAUAAAAACUCACUAGUCAUCUUCUACAUCAUAUUACUUUACUUCAAAAAAUACCUCUGUAACUAGACCUAAAAGUAACCCAACUUUAAGCAGUGCUCUUUUUUCUCAAAACACACAACCUAAAGCGUUAUCUGUCAUAGAACUGCAUGGUUGCAAAGCUUUAUUUCUGUAUACAGAUGCUAUUUGUUAAUGAUGGAAAGCAAAUUAUUUUGUUGCUAUGCCUUUUGUGUCUAGCAGUUGAGAGAAUGAUAUGACCAUCAUGUCAUUGGAUUCUGAGGUUAUCCUUUUCAAAGUAAAUUUCCUUUUAUUAUUGUUGUUGCUGCUUUAAUUAUUAGAAAAUGAGCCAUUUGUUAUCCUGCCCGUGGAUCACAAUAAUUUAAAUUAAGAUUUUAAGAAAGAUGCUCCUAAAUGUACUCUUUUUGUAAGGGCUAAGUUUAUGCAUUAAUAUAAAAAUAAUCUGGUAUCCAUGAAAAUGGAAGCACAUUUUGGGGCAGAAAAAUGCCAAUUUAAAAAUACCUAUAGAUAAGAAAAGUAUUAACCCUGUGCAACAAUUACAGAUUUAAAUAACGAUCACAAUAUUUCAUAAAUAUAAAUUGUACCCAUAAUAUUUUGCCUCCAAAAUGCAAUAGCUCAUUCCCUCAACUGCUAUCUAUAGGGCAGAUGCUUUUAUUUCUUUUGUUUUUUUCCAAGUUAUAGUCCUGUAUUGCUUGUCUGUGUUUAAAAGUGUGCAUUAUGCAACUCAUUUUAGUAUGCUAUUUCUAUGUUUUUUUGUUCUUUUAAUAAAAUGUAUAAAUUUCUUGAUUAUCUCUUUUUUUAUGAAUCCAUAUUCACACAUUAGGAAUUCACUUAAAAGCUAUUCAUGUUCUAGUAUAUUAAUCCUAAUAUUUAGUAAUUCUAACCUAAAAUUUAAAUUUGUGACUUGGUCCAAUGUUAUAUUUAAUACAUAGAAUAAAUUCACUUCCAAAUAUGCCUUCAGUAUUUUCAACUAUAUAGAUAAUACAUUCAUUGUAUUAGAUGUAUUAUUCCUGUAAUAUUGAAGUCACUAACACAAGAAAGACACAUAUUUUGGUAAAAGAAAACUAAAAAUUUUGAGAUAAUGCUUACUGUUUUCUAUGCUGCUUCAGAAAUUCUGAGGCAUAUUCUAAGAUACAUUAUUAGAAGUUUAUACCUUCCAAGUUAUUCAUUUGUAUUUUGCAUCUUCAGUGUAACAUAUGGAACCAGUGCCAAUUCAUUCUUUUCAAGACGGGCAGCAAUGGUUUCAUAACAAUGGGAUGCAUUAAUUUUUCCAUUAAAAUGUUUUCUCUCACUUAAAAUUGGUAUUCUCCAACAAAUGGCACAGGAAUGAAAAGAUAAUCAUUUUUGUUCUUUAAGAAAGCACAACGUAACUUGGUAAUACUUUAUUCUGUCAGAUUUCUAAAUAUUUAAAAAUACUAAUUGAGAACUUCUUCUCAUUGGCCACCAUUUGUUUGUCAGGCUCAUAGCAAACUGAGGUGAAGAGACUGGAUGAGAGGUUGUGACAGAGUAAAGUAUUAUUCGUGUGACUAUAACGAUGAAAAGGGCCAGGGAGAAGGUUGGGUCCUUGUCCAGUAUCAGCUGAAUCACACAGAGCUACCAGCUCCCUUGCCCCUUAUGUCCUGCUUUACUAUCUCUAAGUGUGGUUCCACUAUGGCACUUCUUGAUAAGCUGACUUUGUGCCCUUUGAUGUGUUGUACAUGUUUCUGUGAGUCUGUGAUAAUCCCAGCACUAAAACCAGUUCAGUAUAUAGACAUUUCCAAGAGGUCUCUGGCCUCUUCAGAAUUCAGUUUAUGUGUUUCUCUUUGAAGCUGCUGAAUGAUGGGUGAGAAUUCAGGGCAGGCAUUCCUGACCAUCUUCAAAAUGGAAUUUCUGUUGGCCAGAAGAAAGUUGACCCACAGGCAAAACCGGAUGUAAAACAAGUUUCCCUUGCCGUUUUCAACCUCUUUUUCCAGCAUCCUUCUAAACCCCUCCUUUUCUCACCCCUCAUGGUGGCCCCUAGCCCUCUAGAAGCCCCAUGGUAGCAACUUAUCAGGCCUGCUUUCCCAGGUAGAUCUGGACUUUUCUCUUUCAGAACUUUCCUGUUGGGAUCUCAGACUAUGGAGAGCAGCUUAGUUGUGAUACAUUCCAGUGUCAAAGAUUGGCAGUGCUUAAUGUGUUGCCCCUCCUGAGAGCGUUUGUAUGUAAAAAGGCAUGACUCUCCAGUGAUUGAUUAUCAGAUGGCCACAUGCGUAGAUGAGGGAGACAUGUUUUACUGAGGCAAACGUCUAGGCAUUUGAACAAGAGCCUGUAGGCAGUGAUCAAAUUCUUAUGGAUAAGUGGUGCAGUCAUUUACCACCUCAAGAAACCCAAAACAGGAAGACUUAUAAUUUUGUUAUUGUUGGGAAAGUUCUGAUAUAAUAAUGAACCUAAAAUACUGACUAGAUAGUGAACAUCCCAAAAUUCCACAGACCAGAAUCUACUCCCACGGUCAGCAGCUGUAGUAGAGAACAUGACUCAGUGACAGGCCUGAUUUUCUGGAGCAGUCUAAUGCAUAUACUUGUGAAGAUUCAAUGGAUGGACGCAUGCUCUGAUUUUUCACUUGUCUCUUUCCUCUACUAGAAAUUCCCAUUUAACUGAGCCCUCCCAGAUUUUCCUUUCAGUGCCUGCACUUACACUUCUCCCUCAGGCAGGAGGACAGUCAGAGUCUGGGGAAUAAAAGCCAAGAGCUCCAGUGACAGAAAGGGCAGCCACCCGGACAUAAGAGUGAGAGAGGUUUGUGAGAGGAGCUGGAGGUCUGAUUCCAGUCCUUACAAACAGACGCCCAAAGCAAAACCACAGCAUUCUGAAGUGGAUGCAGAAAUCAGUAUAAGAAGGAAGUUCCGGUCAGUGCAGCCCAGCAUUUUUGUGUUGUGCAUGGAAACAGUGCAGUGCAGAGGCAGGCAGGGCAGCCGGGGCAAAGCACAACAGAUGCCAGAAAAAUCAUACGUUUCCCUGGUGAGAGGGAGAGUUCUCCCUGUAAGUGAUUCAGCGCAUUGCAUGCAUGUACACGUGCAAAGAGAUAGACUGGUGAAAAAUCAUAGAGUAAUGGGGGAUGAAUAGCAGCAAGCAGUAGCAACAGCACCUGUUAAAGCAGACAGCCUGUUCAUUAACAACUGGACUUGAAAUAACGCAGAAGGAAUCUGAGGAGUCUCCACAGUCAGCAUGUUGCUAGAGACAUGGCUCCAAAGAUGAUGGUCAACCCAUUGAGGAUCAAUGUGGCUCUCAAGAAAAGGGUAGGGAAGAAUAGGAUCAGGACUUUGCCUUUAGCCUUCAGGACCUGAAGAGUUGAAUGAUUGUUUGUUGGGGAAAUUGGCAGUUAAGAGGGAAUCAUAUCUAUGUUAAUUAUAAAUAUAUAUAUUACAAGUGGUUAUUGAUGUGCCUUUGUUAACUAUUUAAUAAAUGUCUGUGUAGUCCA